AUGGACCACCAUCGCCAACUCUCCGUUUCUUCCAUUGCAUCCUCGUCGACGACGUCCAGUACUAGUAGCACUGAGUCCUCUCCUAGGAGACGUCGACCACUUCCGCUCAUUCCACACCCCUUGUCAUGCAAGUCAUGUCGCAGCUGCAUAACAUCGGUAGAUGUCAUUCUGCCGCAAGCAGCAAUUCCAAACUCUCGCGGGUUCAAGGGCUUUGCGGGCAAAGCCUCAUUAUUCAGCGAAGUUUAUCAUGUAACACUAUCAAAGCCCGGUGUACACCUUAUGUCAACGGGAGCCCAUACCAUGCAGGAAAUCGUCUGCUCAACUUGCGACGCUUAUCUGGGCUGGAAGAUAGUUAAAGCUCACAGCCGUUCCGAGCGAUGGAAAGAAGGAUAUAACAUGUUAGAGCUAGAAAAGCUUCACGGUGGAAAAGUAGAAGCGCAACUAGUGCAAGCGGCCCUUCGACCUAGAAUACGCUCAGACUCGGAUUCCGAUGACAGCAAUUGA